AUGGCUUCUGAAGGAUCAUCUGUGGCUCCAACGUCGGAGAAGCCGCUCCCGAAAAGGAGCCGGCUAAGCAGCUGGUUUGGGAAAAAGUCGUCUGGGACAUCCGCGACGGAUGCAGAGAACAGUUCCUAUCGUCCUAAAUCUACUCUUGGUAUUCUGAGUGACAAAGAGACCGACGAGGUACCUGGAACGGUUCUAUUGCUCUCUUCCAAUCGCAACGAGCCGUUAGGCUUGAGGCAUCAACCACGCCGUGGGUCCGUGUCGUCCUUGCCAUCACCAUAUUCACCAUCGCGCACUUCUUCCCGCUCUGUUCCGCCCCAGAAGAAGACGGCCAACGGUCAAAUAAUCCUGAAUCCGCAGCCCGAUGAUUCAGCAAAUGAUCCCUUAAACUGGCCUGUAUGGCGCCGAGAUGCUGCUUUGGUGUCCUUGGGCUUUUACUGCCUCAUGGGCGGGGGUAUGACUCCAGUCCUGGCUGCCGGCUUUUCCCAGGUCGCCUCAGAUUAUGGUGUGUCAACGCAAAAGGUGGCUUAUACCACGGGUUUAUACAUGCUUGGGCUCGGAGUCGGUUCAGUGAUCAUGUCGCCGACAGCUAUUCUGUUCGGCAAACGACCAGUGUAUCUCCUGGGUGCAACGCUCUUCAUUCUUUCUGCCGUCUGGUGUGCGCUGUCUCCCAAUUAUCCCAGUCUGGUCGUCGCUCGUGUAUUCAUGGGCAUUGCGGUCAGUCCGGUCGAGUGCUUGCCUUCAGCAACGAUUGCGGAGAUAUUUUUCCUUCAUGAACGGGCAUACCGCGUUGGAAUCUAUACGCUUCUUCUGCUCGGUGGCAAAAACCUCAUUCCAUUGGUUAGUGCAGCAAUCAUCAGUGCCAAGGGAUGGCGUUGGGUCUUUUGGGUUGUUGCCAUUGUUGUUGGCGGCUGUCUCGCGCUGCUCUUCUUUUUUGUGCCUGAGACAUUCUGGGAUCGAACACCUCGACCUCAUCAACCCCGCAAAGGCCCUAACAUCUAUCGCGGUGUAUCAAAUAUCAUGACCCAUGGAUUCAGAGGUCGUCACCCACAUGCUCAUCGUCUGGAGGAUCCGCCCUCAGACGAGGAUGCGGCUGCUGUUCAGUCAAACAAGACCAGGAAAGGGCAUGUUGGGUUUGUCGACGGGGCACGCGAAGAUGAUACUCAUGAUUUGGAGAAGGUGCACAACGAGGAGCAGGAAAACCAGAUAGCUCCUGCACACCAGCCUCGCCAAGGGACCUUAUCUCCUUCGGAGCUCGAGACGGGUCGGCCGUUUGAACUAUCUCCAACUCGUAGUGAGGCCAGUGUGGCUGUCCCGCCAGCCACUCCAGCAGCGCAAUACACCAACCGCCUCCGUGAGCAGCCUAGGAUCUCCUUCGCGUACUAUCUCCGGCCUUGGAAUGGGCGCAUUGCUCACAACAACUGGUUCCGUGUUGCACUGCGACCUUUCAUCCUAUUCGCAUACCCUGCAGUGCUAUGGUCGGCCACUGUAUACGCACUCUCUGUGGGAUGGCUCAUUGUGAUCUCCGAAUCCGUCAGCUCCAUCUACGAAAAGCGGGAUUCAUAUAACUUCACGUCCUUGCAGGUUGGCUUAGUGUACAUCUCGCCGUUCGUGGGUGGUCUCCUGGGAACAGCAGUAGCAGGCAAAGUCUCCGAUAUCAUUGUCAAGUAUAUGACCCGACGCAAUGGAGGUAUUUACGAACCUGAGUUCCGUCUGGUGAUGGCAAUUCCAAUUGCUAUCGCCACAACCAUCGGUCUCAUGGGGUUCGGAUGGAGCUCCCAAGAGCGCGAUGUGUGGAUUGUACCGACCAUCUUCUUCGGUAUAGUCUCUUUUGGAUGCUGCCUUGGGAGUACGACGUCCAUCACAUUCUGCGUCGACAGCUACCGGCAGUAUGCUGGUGAAGCUCUAGUGACGCUCAAUUGGAGCAAAAACGUGUUCCAUGGGCUGAUAUUCUCACUUUUCAUUGUGGACUGGUUGGACGCGGAAGGAUCCCGGCUGGUAUUUAUCGCGCUGGGUGUGAUUCAGAUGGGUUGUUUAGCGACCACAAUCCCCAUGUAUAUCUAUGGGAAACGACUUCGCAUGUGGACCGUGAGGAAACAGCUCAUGGAAAAAUUUUAG